UUCCCUUGAGUUUCCCGAUUUAACAUGCCUUCUCCGUUAUCAGUGUGUAUAUUCGUGGCAAUUUCAGGUUUUUGUUUUGUGAACGCCGUCAAACAUCAAUACAACGGGGACAAGGUUUUUCGCGUCUUCUUAGAAAGUGAGGAUGCGUUUCAGUAUGUAGAGAAAAUAAUCGGAGAAGGACCUUGGGAGCUAGAUGAAUGGGCCCGCCAUGUCUACUCUGCUACGAACGCCACCAUCGACAUCAGGGUCCCCAAACCCAUCCUGAGGCGCUUUAGGCGCAAGUUGAGGGGAGAUGGAAUAAGAUACAAGAUUGUUAUACACAACUUGCAAAGUUUGAUAGAUGAUGAAAUGGACCUUGAGAAACCCCGCCACAGACGAGACGCGACGGGCAAGACAGUGAAUGCGGAAGACCAAGAUGGGCCACGCUACCUCUGGGACAACAUCGUCGGAAGAUACGUCACCUUUGACGAGAUAAUGAACUGGAUCCAGAACAUUGCCGACACCAGUCCCCUGGCGUCCAUCAUCGAUAUCGGCAAAUCAUUUGAAGGGAGACCACUCAAAGUUCUCAAGCUCAAUGGAACGAGAUCAUCAGAUCCCAGCGAGAAACCGCGGCCUGGUAUCUGGUUAGAUGGAGGGAUUCACGCCAGAGAAUGGAUAAGUCCCGCUACAAUGAAUUACAUCAUAUUCAACAUGGUGCAAGGUUACGGCAAGAUCCGAGAGAUCACUGAUCUAUUGGACUACUUCGAUUGGUACUUUAUGCCGGUGUCCAACCCUGAUGGAUAUGAAUACUCCAUGACAACGGAACGUUUAUGGAGGAAAAGUCGCAGCAUCAGUGGACACUCAUUUUGCCGGGGAGUGGACCUCAAUAGGAACUUUGGACAUCACUGGAUGGACUGCAAGCCCAUGUUUUAUCUGUGCGCAAGCAGCGACCCCUGCCGAGGAACCUUCGCUGGGGACGCACCCUUCUCCGAGAAAGAGAGCAUAGCCAUGUCACAGUUCCUCAAGGCUCAACAAGAGAAUGACAAAUUCGUCUUUUAUUUCUCGCUCCAUUCCUUCUCUCAAAUAUGGCUGCUGCCAUGGGGUUAUACGAAGAGCAAGCGGCCAGCUGAUAUCAAUGACCUAACCGAGGUAGCUCAGGUUGGUGUGGAUGCUCUCAAUAGGACACAUGGCACAAGUUACACCAUGGGAUCCCCUGCAAGUAUUUUAUAUGCUGCGGGUGGCAAUUCCCUGGAUUGGGCAAAGGGUGUCGCAAAGAUCAAAUACUCCUAUAUCCUGGAACUCAGAGAUACUGGCGAGUACGGUUUCCUCCUACCAGAAUCCCACAUUAUGGAGACGGCUGAGGAAACGUUUAACGGAAUCAAAGCAGCCGUCAGUUAUUAUGUCAGGAAAUCCUCUUUGGAGAAUGAACCGGUUGAGGAGAAACUUGCACUGUUCAUCGAGACGGUCCUUGACAUGGCUCUAGAUGAUGAACAUUAGGAUGGGGACCUGGUUCAAUGAGUGAUGGUCGUCAAGGCCAACCACGUUGAAAGUAUGAGCGACAACAACAGGUCCUGUGUGAAAAGAUGAUAAGCUGCCACAGACGAACAGUAUCUUGGUUGCACAAACCAUUAAUUUUGAAUUGAGUUUUGAUAUCAAAGAGAAAACCAUUUGGGACUGGAGAAUUUUGAUUGGUAGUGUGGUCAUGUUAAUGAGGUGGUCGCCAACCGGGGUUCCACUGUACUGGGAACUUUCGAGCUCACCGUUAGACAUUGAGAAAUAUCCCAGGCCCCAACCAUGUGGCUUGUUCUAGUGACAAAGUUUUUUUCGAAGACAAAAAGUUGAAAUUCAAACAUUUUGGAAUGAGUCUUGGACCCCUCCGAACAAAACAUUUUAAUUUAUUUGACGAGUCAUGCUACUGUCUUAUAUCGACAUAACACAAAUUCUUAUCUUUGAACUGAAACUUAAAAGCUUGAAGUAUCUUAAUUACCCACUUUAUAGCAUCAGCAGACAAUACAUAACCAAGGACAAGCCAUUUGAAGCAGAACACCAGCACUGAUGUCUUCUGGUGAAAUGAUUUCUUUACCAUUUCGUUGCCUUCCCACUUGUUUGUGAUAUGAUAUCUGUAUAGGUUUUUUCAAAUAUUAUGGUUCAAUAAA